AUGAGCGCAGCACAGGUCUCCCGCUCCGUCGUCAAGAAGGUCCUCGCGGUUGAAACGCCCGAAGGCGCAGGCGCGACUGUCCGUCGCUCGAUCGGCACGGCUCAGCUCCGCAACUUCACCCCCUUCCUCAUGCUCGACAACUUCCUCGUCAAGGAGGGCGCAGGCUUUCCCGACCAUCCCCACCGCGGCAUGACCACCCUCACGUACAUGCUCGAAGGCGAAUUCGAGCACGAAGACUCGAAGGGCAAUAAGGGCAAGAUCGGGCCGGGCGACCUCCAGUUCAUGAUCGCGGGAAGGGGCCUCGUGCAUGCUGAGAUGCCCAUCCACGGACCGGGCAAGAAGGACCCCUUCGGACUGCAGCUCUGGAUUGAUCUCCCUGCCCGCUACAAGAACGUCGAGGCAUCCUACCAGGACCGCAAGGCAUCUGAAGUUGCUUCCGCCCACCCUACUCCCAACGUCGAGAUCAAAGUCGUCUGCGGCGAGUCGCAAGGCUCGGAAGAGGAAGGAAUCGUCAAGGGAAACGUCCGACCACUCGGCGGAUGCUGGUUCAUGGACUUUAUCGUCUCGAAGAAGGGCGAGCGGGUCUUCCAGCAGCUUCCGGUUGGCUGGAACGCUUUCGUCUACACCCUCGAAGGCGAGACGCUCAUCGGACCCUCCGACUCUCCGCGCCCUCUCAAGCCCGUCGAACAAUACCACACCGCAGUCCUCUCGAACUCGGAUUCCGAGAACGGCGUCUGGUUCGAAUCCGCCAGCAACAAAGCGCGCUUCGUCCUCGUUGCCGGCGAGCCAUUGAAGCAGGGCGUCGUGCAGCAUGGUCCGUUCGUCGCGACCUCGAGGGAGGGAAUCCAGAAGGCGUUCUUGGAUUACCAGAUGCAGAAGAACGGCUUUGAAGGCGCGCAUUCGUGGAGGUCCGAGAUUGGGAAGAGGAUGACCUGA